AGUUUGAAUAUCAGUAAAACAAAAUAAUAUGUGCCAAAAUAACGAAAUACUCACUGCCGUAUAUAAUAUUUAAAUGAUAAAUUGGGAUAUCAGAUAUUAACUUAGUCUCCAGUAGAUUUUAAGUAUUUAUAUUAUGAAGUCAAAAUCUGUCAUUUCUAGCCUAAAGGAUAAAGAAAAUAAGCAAAAAGAGUUGUUUCAAAUAUUCGUUAUACUCCUUGGAUCACUUGGGGGAUUAACAUGUGGAAUGCUUGUUGCCUGGCCAUCACCAUUCUUACUGAAAAUAGUCGAAGAUAAAGUUAACUACAAUAUAACCGAACAACAAGCCUCAUUCUUUACAGUUUUUAGUAUUGUAGGAGUAGUGUUUCUUACACCCAUAUUUAUACCUCUCGUAAAUCGCAUUGGAACAAAAAAAGCCAUCAUUUUAGCAUCGAUACCGUAUAUAGCAGUUUGGUUAAUCAAAGCAUUUGUUACCAACUUGUAUGGAUUAUAUAGUGCAAGAAAUAGCAACCCCAAAGUGAGAGGUCUUUGGGGCAACGCUUUCAUUUGCUCUCUAUUCACUGGUCAGUGCUUAAUUAAUAUUUUGGGUGCUUACCUUAGUGUGAAAACAACUUCGUUAAUUGCUGUAGUCAUUCCGCUUUUGCUUCUGGUGAUAUUUCCGUUUAUGCCAGACUCUCCGUAUUUUUGCAUAGCUAAAGGUCGACAUGAAGAAGCAAAACAACACCUCAAAAGGCUUAGGCAAAAAACAGACAUUGAAGAGGAGUUUAAAGCCAUUGAGGCAGCAGUUCAUCGUCAGCUAUCUGAAUCUGGAUCCUGGAAAGAUUUAUUUGUCAUAAAAACAAAUAGGAAAGCUUUAUUUGCAGCAUUUUUCUUAAGAAAUUCUCAACUUUGGGGUGGUAUGAUGACAUUUGCGGCAUACACACAAUUUAUAUUUAUUAAAUCUGGAACCAACGUUGAUCCUAAAAUAUCUGCUAUAAUUUAUGCUGCAAAAACACUUUCUGAAAAACAAGAAGGCAUAUUUGUGAACAGUGAAGUCAUCAAUAAUUUGCGAUAUGUGGACGAUACAGUACUCCUAGCUUCUAGGCAAGAAGAUCUGCAAACAUUACUUAAUAGUGUCAUUGAGAGUUGUAGGGAGGCAGUGGAUUUGCAUCUGAAGAAGAAGAAGAAGGCUAGAGCUGCUUUUAGAAGGAUGUCCAAGGUGUUAUGUAAAAGAGACCUAAAAUUGGCAUUGAGGAUCCGCCUACUUCGCUGCUACGUGUUCUCGGUCUUACUUUAUGGUGUCGAGUUCUGGACUGUGAACAAAAUCGAUCUAAAUCGCCUUGAGGCUUUCAAAAUGUGGUGCUAUAAAAGAAUUUUAAAAGUUUCCUGGGUCGAAAAGAUUCAAAACUUCACAGUACUAGAACGUCUCAGCAAAAUUAUUGAGAUCAUAAAAAGUAUCAAGCAGAGAAAGUUGGAGUAUUUCGGACAUGUAAUGAGAGGAGUUUAA